CAGAGCCCAGCGUUUGCCCCCUGGGAGGUCUCCACGAUGCCUGUAAGGAGCAGCAGCUCCGACGGCGGCACAAAGGGCCAGGCUGCAGCGCGCCCCGCGCUCCGCUCCAGAAAGAGAAAGGCAGAUGUGGCCAUUUUUCUGCCGGAUCCCGACGAGAUGCCCGAGUGGCCGGAAAUGACCCGGAAAAAGCAGUGCGACCACCGGAGUCCGAGUAACUCCGGGGUCUGCAGGAACCCGUACCUCGUGCCUCCCACCCCCGAGAAAGACGACUAUGUGCCGGAUCCAUCGGUGCUGCCGCAUUAUCGCUCCCUCCGCUUCAGCCCGGUCCGGGCGUCUCCGCUGCCACAGCUGGGCUGGGCCAACCACGACGAUGUGUGGAGGAACAUGCUGAACAAGGACCGCACCUAUACACGGGACAAGAACUUGUUUGAGAAACACCCUCAGUUACAGCCAAGCAUGAGGGCCGUCCUCCUGGACUGGCUCACGGAGGUCUGUGAAGUCUACAAACUCCACCGAGAGACCUUCUACUUGGCCCAGGAUUUCUUUGACCGUUUCAUGGCAUCGCAGGAGAACAUCGUAAAAAGCAGACUGCAGCUUAUCGGCAUCACCUGCCUCUUCGUGGCCGCCAAACUCGAGGAAAUCUAUCCUCCGAAGCUGCACCAGUUCGCUUUCAUCACGGACGGCGCCUGUACUGAAGACGAGAUCCUGAGCGUGGAGCUGCUGAUAAUGAAGGGCCUUGACUGGUGUUUGAGUCCAAUGACUAUCGUGUCCUGGCUUAACGUGUACAUGCAGGUUGCGUACCAGAGUGAGCUCCAGCAGUUCCUUCUCCCGCAGUAUCCGCAGGAAAUGUAUAUCCAGAUAGCCGAGCUGUUGGACGUCUGCGUGUUGGACGUCGGCUGCUUGGAAUACCCUUACAGAGUGCUUGCAGCGGGGGCUUUAUAUCACUUCUCCUGCGUGGAGCUCGUGGAGAAGGUUUCAGGCUACACGUGGAGCGAUCUGGAGGGCUGCGUUAACUGGGUGGUACCUUUUGCAAAGGCUGUGAAGGAGACCGGGAAAUCAAAGCUGAAGUUCUUCAAGGGAGUUGACAUUGAAGACACGCACAAUAUACAGACGCACACGGACUCCCUGCAGCGGCUGGAAAAGGCUCAGGUGAACAAGGCGCUGCUGGAGGAGCAGAACAGGACGUCGCCAGUACCCAGCGGUCUUCUCACUCCUCCGCAGAGUGACAAGAAACAGAAACUGAGUGUCCCGGACUGACGUGGAGUGUCUGCUCAGACUCCCCAAGUGCCUGGAAUCCUGAAAGCUGCCAAAUGUAAAAAAAAAAAAAAAAACCUGCUGUCCUCGACAACCUUUUAAUUGCACGUGGGUGACGCUUUUAUUAAACAGAACGGGGUCCCUAAACAUGUAGGGGUCGAGUUGUCUGAACGCUGCUACGGAGAAUAUGCUGCUGUGAACGAAUGACUGGCCCCGCAGGGGCCGCUGUGUGUGUGCAAUCUCCUUUUUAAUGUAAGUGGUUUACAUGAUGCCAUUUUUUUAUAUUUUAAAUGUUGUACAAUGCUGCUAUACGUGUAUUCUUUUAAAUAAAGAUGCUGUCUCGGAGACGGCGAUGUGUUUUUUAAA